UUAACGCAAUGCUUUAUCUCUUCAUAUAUUUUCUGUAUAGAAAAACUAAACAUCAUCUAUGAAUUUUUUCAGUAAUUUAAAGUAGAUUUUUUACAUAACAAAAAAUUAGUUGGACACAAUCUUUUUCUUAAAUCUUAAUUUUCAGCAUAAAAUAUUACAGAUUUUAUUCUCGUGUGUCUAAUGUGAAUUGAAAUUAUAACUAUAUAUAUGGUAAAUUAGAAUUCGACUCGAUACGACUUGAAUAUGCAAAGUAUAUAUAUCAUAUGUAUAACUGCAAAUCGCUUUUGUUAUUGUUCUGACAGUUCUAUUUGCGUUAUUACAUAUUGAUGUUACUUUAUAUAAUUUUCCAUGUGUUUUAUUGUAAGUAAAUGCUUGAUAACAUGGUUACUGGAGAGGAUUGUUCUUGCACCGACACGACAGAACCGUCCAAUCUAACGUCUUUGCACUCGGAUGAUGUUACCUCGGCUGUAAAUUCUGACGUAAAUGUGGUCUGCACCAAGACAAUCGAGAAGGAAAACGAUGCUGUUGAAGAACCUAAAGAUACAGAUUGUAAAUGUUCGAUCGAUGCGUCGCCGGUUGCAACUUAUUGCGUAGCCGCGGCUGCACAAGCUCCAUCCGCGGUUCCAGCAAAACCGGAUUGCAAGCGGGAGAACUCGAGAAGUCGACCUGUAACGACGCAAUUGAGCUUUCCUCCGUGCUUAUGCCAUAGUCACAAAAUCAACGGUUACGUUCUACCUGUGAAACUUAGAGAAGAUAAACCGCAAUCGCGACAGUUCUGGAGCCGUUUCGGCUGGAAGCGGCCGAGAAAUGGGUACUUGGGCAAGGAGAAAAAGAUGUAUGAGAUAAAGUUGAAACAGGUUCAGUGUCCUCACUAUGCCCAGGUGCCUCUCAAAGGUGUGCCUAAACCGCAUCUGGAUGCACCGCAGCUACCGUACGAAUUUCCCCUCGCCGUUUACGAGACGUCGGACGGAAUACCGAGUAAGAGCACCAAAUACGAUGUCGGAAAAUCAAAGCCCCUCAAGUAUCCAGCGAAGACGAAAAUCAAGAGGGAGGAAGUGGCGGAGAAGAUCGAGAUUUACUACUUUGAUCAUGGAAGCUCCGCAUACUAUCGAACAACCGAUUGUCAUCCUGUCCUGGCUACCGAUAAAUGCGCCGAAAAGACUGAUCAAGCGGCAACACGCUUUUGGGCAGAGAUCUUCGGCACGAUUCAUAUCGGCAUCGCUUUUGUCACGGCUUUUAUUCUGCAGCUCCUCCGCUUCAUUCUCUAUAGCGUGAUCCGACCGCUGACAGUGGGGAUACUUCAAUUGAUAGCAGAUUACUUUGUGAAACCGCUGCUGUCCAUUCUGUUCAACGCUCUUAUACAACCAGUACUGAUCCUUCUCUAUAAUAUCGCUACGUCGUUAAGGGAUCUCUGCGAGCCAAUAGCAGAGGCGAUAGGCCUAUUUUUAAGAGAAAUCGCGAAUCUUUGCGCCGCGAUCAGACUCGUCGAAGUGAAGCACAUCCACGCACCGACUACCACUGCUUGCACCUGAACUUGUAAGUGUAAAUUAAAUAUCCUUAAAAAAUUUCAAAGGAAGAAGAGGAACGAUUUUGUGUAAUUUAAGAUAAUUAAAGAUUUUCGGA